AUGCGGCCUUUAAGCGGCGCCCUCUCCUCCGCGCUCUCCUUUUCUGAGUCCGAACGAGCUUCCUCAACUUUCGCGACGCCUUGACAAGUCGCGAGCACACUUUUUCCGCAGCUGUUUAUGAAAAAAAAAACAAAUCCCAAGCAAAUGAGGAGUGGCUUUAUACGCGCGCGUUUAGUGAUGGAGUCUUGCGAAAAGUUGCUGCCUUGUUUGAGUCGCUUUCGGUGGAUUUUCGUGCUGUAGUUGAACCUGGCGCCGGAGCAAGUUAGCUUAGCAUCAAGCCGACAAACAACAACAACUAAAAAGUCUCCUUCAACUUGUUUGGCCGACAGAAAUUUUCGCCUUCCUCUCCGGUUUGCCUGUCAGCUGCGCGCCAAAAUGUCCAUUUUAGGCUUAAAAAAGAAACAGCCGAAGACGUUCAAAGUCAAAGUCAUCACCAUGGAUGCUGAGAUGGAGUUCAGUUGUGAGGUGAAGUGGAAAGGCAAAGACUUGUUUGACCUGGUGUGUCGCACGGUGGGCUUGAGGGAGACCUGGUUCUUUGGCCUGCGCUACACCGUCAAGGACACGUACGCGUGGCUCAAACCUGACAAACGAGUCCUGGACCAGGAGGUUCCUAAAGACUCGCCCAUCACAUUUCACUUCCUGGCCAAAUUUUUCCCAGAGAAAGUUGAAGAAGAACUCGUCCAAGAAAUCACGCAGCACCUCUUCUUUUUGCAGGUGAAAAAGCAGAUCUUGGAUGAGGAGAUCUUCUGUUCGCCCGAAGCUUCCGUUCUUCUGGCCUCGUACGCUGUCCAAGCCAAAUACGGCGACUACGACCCCAACUUCCACAAGCCGGGCUUCCUGGCGCAGGACGAACUUCUGCCCAAAACAGUGCUGAUGCAGUACCAGAUGACGGCAGACAUGUGGGAGGAGAAAAUCAGCGCCUGGUACGCCGAGCACCGGGGCAUCGCCAGGGACGAAGCCGAGAUGGAAUACCUGAAGAUCGCUCAGGACCUGGAGAUGUACGGCGUCAGCUACUACGACAUCACCCAAAACAAGCGCGACACGGACCUGCUGCUGGGCGUGGACGCGCAGGGCCUUCACAUCUACAGCCCCAACAGCAAGCUCAGCCCCAACAAGUCCUUCCCCUGGAGCGGCAUUCGCAACAUCUCCUACAGCGAGAAAGAGUUUACCAUCAAGCCUCUGGACAAGAAGAAGGACGUCUUCAAAUUCUACUCGUCUCAGCUCCGCGUCAACAAGCUGAUCCUGCAGCUGUGCAUCGGCAACCACGAUCUGUUCAUGCGGCGGAGGAAGGUGGACUCCAUCGAGGUGCAGCAGAUGAAGGCGCAGGCCAAAGAGGAGAAGGCUCGCAAGAAGAUGGAGCGGCAGAUCCUGGCGCGGGAGAAGCAGAUGCGGGAGGAGGCCGAGCGAGCCAAAGAGGAGAUGGAGCGGCGGCUUUUCCAGCUGCAGGAUGAGGCGCGCCUGGCCAACGAGGCGCUGCUGCGCUCGGAGGAGACGGCCGACCUGCUGGCGGAGAAAGCUCAGAUCGCCGAGGAGGAAGCCAAGCUGCUGGCCCACAAGGCGGCCGAGGCCGAGCAGGAGCGCCAGCGCUUGGAGGUCAACGCCAUGAAGACCAAAGAGGAGAAGCGGCUGAUGGAGCAGAAGAUGAGGGAGGCCGAGCAGCUGGCCGUCAAGCUGGUGGAGCAGUCGGAGAGAAGACUGAAGGAAGCCGACCACCUGAAGCAGGACCUCAGCGAGGCCAAGGACGCCGAGAGGAGGGCCAAGCAGAAACUGCUGGAGAUCACCAAGACCACCUACCCGCUGAUCGCGGCUUAUUCGGCCCCCGCCGCCGCCGCCGCGCCGCCGGCGGCCGCGCCUCCGGAAGCCGACUCGGCCUACGAAGCCUCCUCGUCGUCCCGUCUGGACUUUAAAGACUCCGACAUGAAGAGGCUCUCCAUGGAGAUUGAGCGCGAGAGGCUGGAGUACAUGGAAAAGAGCAAACAUCUUCAGGACCAACUGAAGGAGCUCAAGUCUGAGAUUGAGUCUCUGAAGCUGGAGGAGCAGCAGCAGCAGCAGCAGCAUCCUCCUCCUCCUCUUCCUCAUCGGCAGGCGUCCGCCAAGUACACGCUGCACGACGGCAGGGCUUACGUCCCAGAAGCGCCGUACAUUCCUCACGCCAACAGAAAUUCGGCCUACGCGUCUCCGCUGGCCUACUUCGACGAGGUCUGAGGAAGAGGAGCGCCAAGAGCGUCGGCGCGCCUCGCGCGGACGUUCGCAACACCGAAGAGAUUUGCUCGGCCUUUGUGGCCGGGCGCCUUUCGGAUGCCUUUGACGGGAUCGCGGCCGACGCGCUCCCACCCGACUGCUUCCGCUCUUCUUCUUGCCGCUCGGUCGGGGCGCGUGGCCCGGCCCUCCCGCGCGCUCGUCGGCGCUGCCGAUUGUGGGCGGCGCGUUUGACUGACGGGUGCCGUUUCGUUCCCGUCGAGGCGACGCUCCGCGACUCCGCCUCUUUUAUUUGGCUUCAUUUUGCAUCAUCAUUCAAGUGUGCUAUUUAUUUCAGUUUCAUUUCAUCACCCCCGCAACCUUUCUUCCGUGUUUAUCGGAUGAUGCGACGACUGAAUUUCUUUCCGACCGUUUUCUACUGUGUCCACAUCAUUUGAAUAGAAUUUGUUACCAAGC